AUCCGAUCUCACACUCUUGUAAAUCGUUAGAAAGCUGUUAGUUUUGUGUGUUCGUUCUCCAGUGUCAAGUUAGUAUUCAACAAUCCGCGGUGGUCAACAGGUUAGAUACUCUCGCAAUUUACGUUGGUUUUAGUACCACUCAAAGCUAUUGUUUAUUCAACUAAGAAGACUCGAAUUCCAGAAGCAAAGCUACAACAACACCAAUCGAUACAUCCAAGUCAAGCUAAAAUUUCCUAGUCACACCCAUCUUAUCUCAAGCAGGUACUAUUUGAAUACGGGUUCUGCCGGUAGAAGUGCCAUUUCAGUAUCACCGACAACGUCGUCCAGCAAAAAUGCAAGCCGAACCUUCCUCCUCUCCCCAACAAGACUUGAUCCUUCCCCAGUACAUCCCCGACGCCGUUGGCCGGAUUGCCGUCGAAAACGGUUUCACGGCGGGUCAGUUCCGGGUCGACUUCCAGGUGGGAUCCGACAAGGGCGACGGAUUCUCCGCGGACAUGUUCCGAGUCCGCGUUACGGAGCAGUCCCGCGAGUGGGCCCUGCUGUGCAAGGUGCCACCGAUCAGCGAGGCCCGCCGACGGCAGUUCGAUUCGAUGGCGAUCUUCGAGCGGGAGGUGGAUGUUUACUCAAAGUUGUUGCCGGCGAUUUACGCGUUUCAGCGGGAGAAGGGCGUGCGGGAGGAGGAUGGAUUCUUCAGCGCUCCCAACUGUUAUCUGUCUUACUAUGAGAAAACGAGGGAAGAAUCGGUCAUCUUGAUGGACGACUUGCGCCUCCAGGGUUACCGGAUGUGGAACAAGACGGUUCCGGUGGACUACGAGCACGUCAGGCUGUUGAUGGUUCAGCUGGGACGGCUGCACGCCGUUUCGUUCGCCAUGAAGGAGCAACGUCCGGAGCAGUUUGAGCAGUUCAAGGUACCCGAUCCGAUCUGCACCAUGAUGAGAACGAACGAAAUGUUCACGGUGAUGCUGCACAUGUCACUGGAUCGAGCGAUUGGAGUCCUGGCCCCCGAAGAAGACAAGCUACGCCAGACUCUGCUGCAGAGCAAAGACACCAUGUUCGACGACUUGCAAGGUCUGGUAGACCCAAAGAACUGCGAACCGUACGCAGUUCUCAACCACGGAGACUGCUGGAUCAACAACACGAUCUUCAAAUACGAGAACUCAACCCCAUCGAAGAUCGCCGUCCUCGACUGGCAAGUCUCCCGUUACGUUUCCCCAGCCCUGGACCUGCUCUACUUCAUCUUCUGCUGCACCGACGGCGACUUCCGCCACAAGCACUACGAAGAAAUCCUCCAACUCUACCACACCUCCCUGUCGGAACACCUUGAAAAGCUCGGCGGCGAUGCCAGCCGGCAGUGUCCGUACGAGGAACUUUUAAACCAACUCAAGCGGCACGGCAAGUUCGGCCUGAUGAUGGCGGUCUUUAUGGUGCCGAUGUUGUGCGUUGAAAACGCGGACUUGCCCGACAUGAACGAGCAUGCGGAAAAGAUGGUGGAGAGCAAGGAGGUGGAUGUGUCGUUUAUGGUGGGCAAGUCGGAUGGCAGGUACCGGAAGCGAAUGGGGGAAGCUUUGAGGGAUUUGGCGGCGUAUGGGUAUGUGACAGUUGCACCACAAGCCAUCGAACUCCCCCGCGCGGUCACCAACGCUAUAGAAAACGUCCAGCUGGACGUACUCCCGGCCCAAAUCGAACUCCGCCGUCAAAGUGAAAUGUCCGACCAGAAGAAAGAGCAGCAGCAGCAGCAGCAGCCGGAGUACGUCCAGGUCGGUCUGGAGCAGAUCGCGACCGAGCAGGGCUUCACGGCGUCCCGCUAUCGCAUCGAGUACGAGUCCGGCUCGUCCAACAAGGGUGAUGGCUUCGUGGGAACGCUGUUCAAGGCGUACAUCCGCGAGGAUGGCCGGGAUGAGUUGAAGCUGGUGGUGAAGGUUCUUCCGGAGCACGAGCUGAGGCGGCAGCAAUCGCUUGGGAUGUUCCACCGGGAGGCCAUGGUGUAUAAUGCGGUGAUGCCGUUGUUUGGGAAGUUCCAGGCCGAGCAGGGUUUGGAGAAGGAGGAAGGGUUCUGGCGGAUCCCCAAGUGCUACUACGCGAAUUGCGACCUGGAGAAGAUGGAAGCGGUGGUCAUCAUGGAGGAUCUCCAGCUGAAGGGAUUCCGCAUGUGGAACAAGUCGAAGCCGGCGGAUCUUGAGCAUUCGCUGCUGUUGAUGAAGCAGUUGGGAGCGUUUCACGCGGUGUCGUUCGCCAUGAAGGAUCAGCAGCCGGAACAGUUUGGUCCGUUCAAGCACCUGGUUGAUCCGAUGAAGGUGAUGAUCGACAUGGAUCCCAAGAAGCAGAUCCACGCGUUGUUUGGCCAGAUGUAUGAUCGAGCGGCUACGACCCUGGAGGAAGACGAUACGGAAGCGAAGAAGGCCUUCGAGAAGCUGAAGGGAACCGUCGUGGACUGGUACGUGGAGUGUGUGAGUGCGGAAGCGGCGGAGCCUUACGCCGUGAUCGGACACGGAGACUGCUGGAUCAACAACAUGAUGUACACCUACGAAGACAAGGACCCGAUCCCCAAAGACAUCCGCCUGAUCGACUGGCAGCUGUCCCGGUACGUGUCCCCGAUCCUCGAUCUCUCGUACUUCAUCUUCAUCUGCACCGAUGAAGACUUCCGCGCCAGCCACUUCGACCAGCUGCUCGACUGCUACUACGAAUCCCUGUCCGAGCACCUGAAGAAGCUCGGCGGCAACGCCGAACGCCAGUUCCCCCGCGCCACCUUCCAGGAUCACUGGAAGCGGUUCGGCCGCUUUGGACUGCUGAUGGGACUGAUCGUGCUGCCGAUCGUGUGCACCGCCAAGGAGGAGCUUCCCGAGAUGGAGGACUACAUCGACCGGGCCGAGCAGCAGCAGGACGCGGAGUUCAACUUUGGCACGUCGGAGCAGGCGCAGGAAAUGUACCGCACGCGGAUGGCCGGCAUGAUUAGGGACGUGGUGCGGUUGGGUUAUCUGUAGAGUUUGGGGAAUUCGAGGGGUGCGCUGCAUAAUCGAUUAGGGGGAGGGCGGGCUUAUCUGAGCAGUACAAUAAAUGAGACAUUGAUUGUACGAAAAUCUGGGCUAUACAUUCAUUGAAAAUAAGUAAGGCUACACAGCAAAAACAAAGUAGUAAUCUAGCUGCGUGUAAAAGGCCAGUGUGAAAAUAAAUUUUGCAAUAUUUUAUGAAAUUUUAUGUAAUAUUACACCCUGAAAUAUGUAGCCCAUUAGUAUGGGGAAACCUACUUGACCGAAAUGUCAAGCUCAUAUAUGCGUUUAUCCUUGCCAUUCUUCAUUGGUCUGAUGGCCGAGCAAGCUAAGGCGCCAGUCCUAACUGUUGGUGCUGGGUUUGAUUGUACAAAAUGGGCUGGCCUAGAUUCCGUUUACGUUUUAAAAUACAUGUUUUUUAUGCUCUAAAUAUGUCCGAAAGACACCAAAAUUGAAAUGGUUAGCACACAAUACAUAUAUCUCAUCAAAGAGCGGAGAUAGUUUUUGAAAACAUUAGAAAUUAUUGGACCACCCUAAUAUUGUUUUGACCAAUUUUGACCAAUCUUGUGCAAUCUACUUUAAAUAGUUUACAACCGAUUUUACACGUUUUUCAAUGAAAAUUUAUGUUUUUUUUUUAUAUUUUAAGGGGGAGACAACAAAAUUGUAUUGGCUAUAUCCCAUAUUUUUAAAGGCUACGUAGUUAAU